AUGACACCCGGACCUUCCUUCACUGUGCCUAGCACAUCCAGUCCCGCACCAGGCGAGUCCAUCCCUGUCGUGUCGUCAUCCUCGGCUUUUAGCUCUACUACAGAUCAGCGCAACGCAACCACCGCAGGAGAUCAAUCUCUCAAUCACAAUCUCAAUGUCAAUGAUAAUCCGAGUAGCAGUGGCACUAUGAGGCGCUCCGAUCCCAGCAGCCACGCUCAGCCCAAACACUGUGCUCGCUGCGGUUUGCUGCUCGAUGCUAUCCCAUCGUCGCAGGAUCGCCAGCCAGGCUUGCCUCGUACUCCUUCAUCCGCCUCCAUCUCGGCACCUAGUCCAUCGUCAUACGCAUUCGCGCCCGACUCAGUGCGCUCGCAGCAUCGCCUUCAGCCGCAUCAGAGCCUCGCAUCAGCCAUCAAUGCAGCCGCUGUCGUUGCUCUCUCCCGCAUUCUCGGCACGGACGAGUCGAUCUCCACUGAUGCUGAUGGUCAUGCAAUUUGCGCUCAGUGCGCUGCACAGCUCGUAGAUACUUCUGCGUCCUCUCCACAAGCGUCAUCGGCUUCUACAGAUACCAUUGACACCCAGCACUCGCAACUCGCGGCAACCAGCGCCGUCGGGCGCAACGGCCCGCCUACUGAUGCUGCCAACGCUACUCACGCCAGUUCAUCACCCACCACGAGCAGCACUUCCGCCACCGUUAUCCCGCCCACUGAUGCGCCGCAGACACAUCUCACAAUUUCCGUGGACAACAUGGGCGCUGGUGGCGAUGCUGCUCUCACGCAGUCUGCCGAGGACGUCCACAUGCAGGACCCCUCCAGUUUCCCACCCUUAGAACGCGCCCCUAUUACCCCAGCUUUGAGAGCCCCUCCUUCGCCGCCGGGUAUAGGACGCUCUACAAGUCGAGGCAGAAUUCGUUUCGUGGAGGCAGAGGAUACGGACGGACGAGAUCAUGCCGGAGCACCUCUCUCAUCCUCUUCUUCCGUCCUCGGCAGAUCCGGCAGCUUUUCGAGAAGUCUCAGCUACAACGGACCAGAGAGUGUAAGCUCUUCCUCUGCCCCCGUCGUGGUUAGCUUCCCUCCGUCCAUGGUUGCUACUCCUGCAUCCGAGACAGCUUCCGCGCUGAGCCUACAGAGUGCUCACCCGUUUGCAUCUUCUGCAUCUUUGCCCGCUCCAUCGUCUCAUCCACAGCCGAGUUCUCGCAGUGGUGGCACCACCGAUGCGUCUGUAGAUUCACAAACGCAUGUGUCUGCACCAGCAAACGCGGCAAUUGGCGGAGUCCAACAUCGCCGACCUUCCUCUGUGCGUCGACCGCGCCGCUCAAGCUCCUCUACGGGCCCUACUACCAUGCCGUUCGCCGCAGUUGGCAUCUCGGUUGCAUCCCUUUCAGAAGACGACGACCCAUUUGGACCAGGUGCGGUAUCACGACCACGGCUCAGCGAUGUUCCGACGCACCUGAUCGCAGAAGAGCUGUACAACGCCGCGAGGCAUACCCGGCCAGCAUCACUCAUUUCUGCGUCCACAUCGACCUCGCUGGCUGCUUCGUCCGCGCAACAUGCGGCCGGAAUCGACCCCACUCGAUCUAUUCGAUACCAUCCGGACCCGCUUUCCUUUUCCGACACCGCUUCCGACGCUAUCCUCCUGGUGGAAGCUGAGGGCGACACGUGCCAUGAUGAGACGCUCCGCAUGGACGUUGACGAUGACAAGGUGACCCAUGGCCUCGCUGCCAAGUGGGGCAAAGUGCGUUGGUUCGACCCAUACAAACCCGAUCCACUCGUUGAGCUUUCACGCUUGCGCAAUCCCCCAAAGGGUAGGGGAUGUCUCUAUCCAGGAGCAACCUUUAACGGCACGCAAAAGUCCGGUCGGAAUUCGUACGAUGUCACGGUCCGUGUUGUCAAUGUGGACCUGGAGGCUUCGCAUCUCUGCGGCUACCUCAACAUUCGUGGACUCACGGAGGACUGGCCAGAGCUCACCACCUACUUCGAUGCUGAGAUCAUCGGCGAUCGGUAUGGGUUUGUGACCGGAAAGUGGGGCGCAACCGAGGCAGACGACCUCAAGCACUGGGCACGCUUCCCACCGUUCCGACCGCUCCGCUCGGCGCUUUCCAAGCCAGGACUGAGGUUCAACCAUCUCAACAAGCCAUUUGUGUUCAUGAGAUGGAAGGAGAAGUUCUUGGUUCCGGAUCAUCGAGUUAGGGACAUCAACGGUGCCAGCUUUGCAGGUUUCUACUAUGUGUGCGUCGAGCUUGGUGAAAGCGCCGGUCGACCACCUGCUCCUACCGGACAAGAGGCAAGAGGUCGAAGCACGAGCAAUGCGUCAAUGACGAGCACUGACACGAGAGGACGUGUGUCGAGUGCGGAAGCAACAACUCUGUCGCAGCCCCCGAUCGCUGCAGCAGGUGGCUCCGGCUUUUCAACAGGUCCAGCCGUGUCUGGCCAACAAUGGUACGCAGCACGCACACAACGACGUCGAGAACUGUCGCUCUCUGCCCCUUCAUACCCUUCCUCAUACAAUACGCAAACAUCGUAUACCUCACCAGAUUCGCCAACGCAAACGUACUACCAUCCGAUCUACCACCCGCACUCGCCUCUUCCGCCGUCUGGACCUGGAUUCUGGCCCGCUUCGCCAACCAGCCCACACCUGCCGCUCACCAACAGCGCUACUGAGGAUCCCUUCGCCGACAUGUGGGACGACAUGGAGGAGGAUGGCUACGACGACCUGGGCGCGAUGGGCAAGAUGUCUGGAUUCUACUUUCAUGAAAACUCGGAACCGUACCAGCAGUUGAGUCUGCACCAUACGCCAGAAGCCUGCUCGAGCAGUUUCGAGAUGCGCUAG